GAGACGUUUCUAAACGUCAAAUUAAAAUACGAACGAUGUUUGUGAUUGUUCUAUUUGGCGUCAAAAGUUAUCCUAGUUUUUCACAUCGGGUACAGUGAGUUUUCUAGUGAUAUCGACGGAAUAAAGUCCCCAGAAUGAUGUCAACGGCAUUGAAGCGUCCUUCGGACGCACUGGUUUCCGUUCCACAAAAUAAGAAAACUCGCACAGACCUGAUGGCCUACACAGCAAAGGACAAGCAGCUUAUGGAACAACAUGAUGUUGAACGAACAUCUAAUCUGUUGGCGCCGAUCAUGCUACUGGAAGGGCAUGGUGGUGAAAUUUUUUCCACUGAAUUCCAUCCAGAAGGGGGACAUCUCGUUUCCACCGGGUUCGAUCGACAGAUAUAUCUGUGGAACGUUUACGGGGAGUGUGAGAAUGUUGGCGUGAUGACCGGUCACACUGGUGCCGUUAUGGAGGCUCACUUUUCACCCGACGGAGGCAACAUUUAUACUUGCAGUACGGAUAAAAUCGUUGCCGUGUGGGAUGUUCCAACGUGUACACGUAUCCGGAAGCUGAAGGGCCAUUCGCAUUUCGUCAAUAGUUGUAAUGGAGCACGCCGAGGACCAACGUUGAUUGUGUCUGGCUCGGACGAUUCCACCAUCAGGAUUUGGGAUGCACGAAAGAAACACGUUAUUCACAACUUUGACAACGGCUACCAAGUGACGGCGGUUUGCUUCAAUGAUACUGCGGAGCAUGUGAUUUCAGGGGGCAUUGAUAACGAUAUCAAAAUAUGGGAUAUUCGAAAGAAGGACGUAAUUUAUCGCCUGAAAGGACACACCGAUACAAUCACAGGGUUGGCUCUUUCACCUGAUGGAUCAUAUAUUUUGAGUAAUUCCAUGGACAAUACAAUGCGGAUUUGGGACGUUAGACCUUACGCACCGGCUGAAAGGUGUUUGAAGGUGUUUAAUGGACAUCAGCACAAUUUUGAAAAGAACCUGCUGAAAUGCGCUUGGUCUCCUGACGGAUCUCGGAUAAGCUCUGGAUCUGCGGAUCGUUUCGUCUACAUUUGGGACACUACAUCGCGUAGAAUAAUAUACAAGCUUCCGGGUCACAAUGGAAGCGUCAACGACAUUGACUUUCAUCCAACGGAACCAAUUAUCGUAUCAGCUUCUAGUGACAAAACCUUGUAUUUAGGAGAGAUUGAUGGAUAAAUUGUCGAGAAAUAAAACCUAUGUAUUUUUCUCUA